CUAAAUGCGUAGCAGAUAAAAGACGCUUGAUUGUUCUUAGUCUUCGUUCUUGAGUUUAUUGUUACGUUAUUCUAAGUUCUUGAUUUAUUGCGCUCAAGAAGAUGUGGAAACUAGCUCGAGCUGCAACAUCAAAUCUGCGGCAAACCAGGCGAUUCUCGGCAGCGAUUCCGGCUCCUUGCAUAGUCCACAAGCGCGGGACAGAUAUUCUUCAUGAUCCGUGGUUUAAUAAGGAUACUGGUUUCCCUUUGACAGAAAGAGAUAGACUUGGGCUUCGCGGUCUCCUUCCACCACGUGUCAUAUCUUUUGAGCAGCAAUAUGAACGUUUCAUGGAGUCAUAUAGAUCGCUGGAGAAAAAUACCUGCGGUCAACCAACUGACAUUGUAUCUUUGGCUAAAUGGAGAAUCCUGAACAGACUGCAUGACAGGAAUGAGACAUUAUACUAUAGAGUUCUUAUCGAUAAUAUUGAACAUUUUGCUCCAAUAAUAUACACUCCAACAGUGGGAUUGGUUUGCCAAAAUUAUUGUGGCUUGUUUAGACGUCCACGCGGCAUGUAUUUCAGUGCAAAAGAUAAAGGAGAGAUGAUGUCAAUGAUUUAUAAUUGGCCAGCUCAACAGGUAGAUAUGAUAGUGCUGACAGAUGGCAGUCGUAUUCUCGGCCUGGGAGACCUUGGAGUUCAGGGAAUUGGAAUACCCAUUGGGAAACUUGAUAUUUAUGUUGCUGCUGCUGGCAUCAACCCGCAGAGAAUACUCCCAGUCAUGCUAGAUGUUGGUACCAACAAUGAAAAGCUUCUUCAAGAUAAACUUUAUUUAGGUUUACGAGAACCAAGGUUGGAAGGUGAAGAGUAUCUUAGCAUUGUUGAUGAAUUGAUGGAGGCAUUUCAUAGACGUUGGCCUAAGGCUAUUGUACAGUUUGAAGAUUUUCAAAUGAAGUGGGCUUUCGAAACUCUGGAAAGAUAUCGUCACAGAUUUUGCAUGUUCAAUGAUGACAUACAGGGAACUGCUGGUGUUGCACUGGCGGGACUACUUGGUGCCGUUAGAGCACAGGGUCGACCACUGAAUGAUUUUGUGAAGCAAAAAAUAGUUGUUGUGGGAGCUGGAAGUGCAGGAAUAGGUGUUCUGAAAACGGCCAAGCAGGCUGUUUCAAGAAUGAUGGGAAACAGUGAGAUGGAAAACUCUCAGUUCUGGCUACUCGAUAAAUAUGGCCUUCUGACAAAAGAGAGAAAAAAUAUUGAUCCAGCUGCUGCACCUUUUGCUAGAGGUUUUGGUCCUGGUGAGAUUGAAGGACUAAGGGAGGGGGCUAGUCUCCUUGAAGUGGUCAAGAAGGUCAAGCCCCAUGUGCUUCUAGGUCUCUCUGGGGUUGGUGGUAUCUUCAAUGAGGAGGUUCUAAAAGCCAUGCGAGAGUCAGAUUCCCCCAGGCCUGCAAUAUUUGCAAUGUCAAACCCUACACUGAAUGCUGAAUGCACACCCACUGAUGCAUUCAAGUAUGCCGGAGACAACAUAGUUUUUGCUAGCGGGAGCCCUUUUGAAAAUGUUCAUCUUGGGAAUGGAAAAGUAGGCCAUGUUAAUCAGGCAAAUAACAUGUAUUUGUUUCCGGGGAUUGGUCUGGGAGCUCUUCUUUCAGGUGCUCGUUUUAUUUCAGAUGGGAUGCUUCAGGCAGCUGCUGAAUGUCUUGCAUCCUAUAUAACCGACGAAGAAAUCCAAAAGGGCAUCUUAUAUCCUUCUAUUUCAAGUAUUAGGCAUAUUACAACAGAGGUUGGAGCUGCUGUUAUCCGAGCAGCUGUUGAUGAAGAACUUGCUGAAGGGCAUGGUGAUGUGGGGCCCAGGGAGCUCAUGCACAUGUCAAAGGAGAAGACUGUUGAAUACCUCUCUCGCAAUAUGUGGUUCCCUAUUUACAGCCCUCUUGUUCAUGAAUAAUAAGUCUUCUAGUUCUUCAAAUCUUCUGCAGGCUAGUUUCAGGGACCUAAUAUCUUCAUAUUUUACCUUUGGAAUUAUCUUUCUUGAUGGCACAUUCGGCUGAAGUCAUUCAAAAUAUUUAAGAGAAUGGAGAUGAGUGGUACUACCAUGAUCACUUGCUUUUUGUUCUUACCAAUCAUGUCUGCACCCUUUGGUGGGUGACGUUUUGAAUUUCUUUAUGUACAUAUUUUCACAUUCAUCUCUAUGAAGUAUUCCAAAAUUUUC